GCAAAAAGUAAUCAAAAUGCUCAUGAGACCUCCCACAAAAUCCCCAGUUAUGUCCCGCUCCAAAAACUCAAAAGGAACGAGAUAAUGCAAGCAAAGAUCAGCUCCUUCUUCAAACCCCACUGCGAUCCUCUGCAGAGCUGCGAUCAGAUCGACGGCAGCAAAGGCGAAAUCUUUGCAAAAAAUGAUCGUCCUGAGAUUUUAGUGACAUACAAGUGCCGAGAUCCCAAGCCUAACGAAGCCAUCAGCAGUGGCGCCGAAGUAAACCAAUCUAAUAGCAAUGAGAUGGAGAGAGCAAAUGAGAGCUCAUCAAACACGUCACAACAAUCUCGAUCUUGUGGCCAAAUUUUGAACAAGAAGAGAAGCUACAGUCAAUUCCAUUUGGAGCUGGGGCAAUCUGAUUUCCUUCUUCACACUUGCUCCGUGUGUGGAUUGAUGUAUGCACGAGGAGAUGAAGGUGAUGAGAAGGUUCACAAGACAUUUCAUAAGGAUUACUAUCAAGGAGUUCAAUUUAAGGGUUGGCGCAGUGAAAGAGUGGUCUUUAAAUGUAAUAACAACGGGGAUCGCAUUGUAUUGGUGCUAGACGGUGAUCCUCCUGCCCAUAAGUAUAAGGCACAACAAGUUAUUAAGAUAAUAGAGAAGGAACUUGGUUUUGGUGGUGGAAUGCUUUGUCAUGAACUCUGCCAGGUUUAUCUGUUCAUCUCAAAUCACAGAAUAAUCUCAAGUCCAAACACCUGUAAAGAUUCUGAUGAGAACUUCAAGCAGAAAGACACUGUUAAAGAAGUUAAGAGACCUUGUUCAUCUUCACUCAACUUUGGAAACAUAAAAUUUCAGAGGGAAAUCGUAAGAAAAGGUGCUGUAAAUAGACACAAAAUGGAUGAGUGGGAUAAUGGAGCAAUCCUAUGUAACGAAGAAGCAGUGACUGCUGUUUGCGGAAUUAGAGCAAUUUGGGUUGUGCCUGGAAGUAGAAGAAACAGAGUAGCUUCAAAAUUACUUGAUGCUACAAGGAAAUCUUUUUGCAGAAGCCAUGAAUUGGAACUUUGUGAAAUUGCAUUUUCCUCACCAUCCUCUUCAGGAAAGGCCUUCGCUUCAAGUUAUAGCGGCAGCAAGUCAUUCUUGAUCUACAAGUCUGGGGAUGUUUAAUUUAGGUUGUUUGUGGGUCUCUUGAAAUGAUUUUGAUGCUUUCAAUUAGGUCUUUCUUGAUUUAGAAGACUUCAUGCUGGGAUCGGUCGCCAACCUGAUAAUGGCCUAUUCAGGUGUUUUGAAUUAGUGACAAGUUUCUUGCAA